AUGGACGAGCUGCGCUUCCGAUCUCAACAACAACAGCAUCAACCUCUCCGUAACGAUUCCACGAUGAACACGCUCGUCUCGCCCCCGCGGAACGGCAACCGCCUCCCGCAGCCUGUGCAGGCCCAUGAUGGGCGAGGUGCCCUCCCUCGCCGCUUCACCACCGACUCGGGGCGUGUACCAACAUUGUCUUCCAUUACCGGCCAGCGCGUCCCUGACCUCGGUGGUCAAGAUUACAGCAAUGUACGUUCAUCCCCUUCGCUCAUGGCGCUGCAACCAAACCCCCCCAUCCGGCUAUGCAGCUCCUGUCAUGGCGCGCCCGUCUUCGUAGCAAUGCGACUGACACCUGGUUUCCAGACUUUGCACAAAGUUCAAUUGCCGGCGCAGAUUGAGAAGAAGAAGAUCGAGUACGAGAGACUCCGCGAGCAGAGGCGUCGUUUCGAGAUGGAGAUGCAGAAGCUGGAGCAAGCCCAACGUCGCGAAGAGAUGGAGCUCGCCAAGAUGCAGGACGACCUCCGCCACGGCCACCAGUCGGAGCCCACGACGCCCCCCGAAUACCACGAGUCCUCCUCCGGCUUCCCUACCAUGUUCUCGCGCCCGAACCGAUACUCGACCUCGAGCCUGACGUCGCCCCCGGGCCUGUUCAACCGCCCUGGCCGCUCGGGGUCGCAGCUCACCUCGCCCCAGUCGACCCUGAUGCAGUCCCGCUUCAACUUCGACGACCACAUGCCGUCCCGUUCCGUUCCGGGCUCCCGUAGAAACAGCGACGAGGACGAGAAGGAGGAGGCCGUUCGCCAGGACCCGACUAGCCACCGGUCCUCCAACGCGAACGACUGCGAUCCCAAGGCUUUCCCUGCCUCAGAAAGCUAUGCAGAAAAAAAUCAUGGACGGAAGGCGCUUCAGAGCACGCGCAAGAGCUCCUGCCGUUCGAGUCAAGUCAAACUCGCUUCCCUCUGCCUCGAAAGCUCAACAUUGGCUCCUUCCACAAACCACCUCCCUCUGGACCUUCCGGCCUACUGGCCUACCGACCUCCCUUCGUCAAUAAAAGCCUGA